AUGACAAGUUUUAAUUGGACUUAUUCAUCAGUAGACGAGUCAACAUCGUCGAUGAAUUCCUCAGCACCAGGCCAAGAUAGCUGUUACUCACAGCCGCUCAUUUUGAUCGUCAAAAUUCAAUCAAUAUCCUUACUAAUCUUUGGUUUUCUUGCAAAUUUAUGCUCAUUUGUUGUCUUGAUUCGACCGCGUUUACGCCGUCGGCCAACAUUUUCAUAUUUAGCUUUCCUUAGUCUGUCCAACGCUCUAUUAUCGUUGAUUAAUGCGACUUUCAGUAUUCUUGGAGUUUAUUUUGGUCUGACACUGGAAAAUCUGCCAUUAUUUAUCUUCUGUCGAUUACUAAGUCGAUUUUCUAUUGAUUUUUUAACACAUUUUUCAUUUUACACAUUAACAGCAGUCGAUAUCGACCGCAUCCGAACAGUGACAUCGAAGAUAGCAGGUCAACAUCGUUACAGUCGGAGUAGUGGUGGAAAGCAACACGGUUGCGCACGAGCGUUCAUUCAAGUUUGUUUUGUGGAAUUAUUUCUUGCAGCAAUUCUUUUCGUUAUCGAUUCUCAUUGGCUCAUGUUCUAUGGGUAUGACAGUUAUGAUCCAAAUACAUUCGAAACCAAACCAAUGUGUACAAUUCCAUCGUUAAAUUUAACAGCAAAUCCCACGUUCUAUGCUAUUGCUUAUAAUAAAUAUUUAACGUCAAUUUUACCAUUAGUCGAAGUCAUUCUUUCCACUGUUGUCCCAUGUUCAAUUAGUGUCAUAGCGACAUUCAUUAUCUUGAGACAUGUGUCCGUCAAAUAUACAUUGUUAAGUCAUAUAAAUAAACGAUUGAAAAAGUCCCGUCGACGAAUGGAAUUACACUUAUCAAUACUCCUGAUCUCUUUGAAUUGCGUGUUCAUCUUGUUGACAACACCGCAUGCCAUCUAUACUGUUUAUCUUGGACAAUUACAAAAUCGUUUGAAUUCUAAAAACGAAAGCGAAGGCGAUGUGUGCACGGUAUCUGUUACGCAAAAAUGCUUAGAUUUGUUACAGCAAUGUUACUGUAUGUCAACAUUUUUCCUUUAUAUUCUAACAAACAAACGGUUUCGUGAAGAAUUUUAUGAAUUAAUCCGACGAAAUUUGUUCCUCUCAUGUAUAGAUGAAAAGUCUAAUCAUUCAUCAACACAUCUGCCAUCACAUCAUCGACGCCAUCAUAACCAUCAUCGUUAUCUUCGUCAUAAUGAGACAGUAGAUCCUAAAGCCGAUCAUCUGAUGCCGCCUUCGCAUUCCAUGCUGCAAAUGCGACUUUCGCUUUCGGAUUAUUUAUCACAAGAUGAAUGUGACGAUGAUGAUGAACGAGCGUCAUCAUCGAAAGGCUAUGAUACAUCUGUUGUUCGUCUCAGUGUUAAUCGGUCAUCGCUUUACUAA